GGCAUUCUCAUUCUCAUUCUCCCCGACUUCCCACUCUCACAAACCAUCAUUCUUCUGCUUUCCAUUGGACCUCGACAUAACAUCUCUCGGAGCUUUAUCAUAUUUGCAUUACCAGCAACAGUAUGUGGACCCUGCUAAACAAACCCAAGCUGCCACAGGUAACUGGACAAGCCAGCUCGCGACCUGAUGAGCUCAGUUUCGUAAUCUUGGGAACCUCAAGUGUUGAAGCAGCUGAAAUCGCCAGCCUGUUGGAAGCGGAGCUCAGACAGGCACAUCAUCGAUACAAGCAUUGCACCGUUGCAUCUCCAGCAGCAUGUUUAGCGGCAUUGAAAGCGAACUCAGCAACUCACGUUUUCGUCAUAUUCGACGAUGUCGUGGGUGAUAUUGAGGACACAGUCUCAGAUGAAUUAUGCGACGAAAAGACUCUAGGAAUUGCCGCCAAGUCAGCUAUCAUAAAGUUCUGCGUCAAUCGGGGGAUCCAUUGCACCUUCUUCAGUCACGAAAACUUCUAUCGACACGACGGGAGAAACUGUUUCUGUGACAGUGGUUUCGAAGAAGAGGCCGAGCUAAACAUCAAACUGCUCCCAAACUCUCUUAGUACAUAUGUUUUUCAUCAACAUCUAGCACGCAAGCACGAAAAAGACGCCUUCGUUCUACGCCUUCGUUCACCUGUUUGGGAUCAUAAUACUCAAAGCUUCCUUCAGAACUAUGAGCGCACGCUUGUACGGACAAAUAACAAGCAUAAUAGUUGGUCGGUUUUGCACGAUCUUCUACCUGCUGCGGUCUUUCUAGCAAUUCAUAAAGUGACAGGCACAUUCAACUUCACUAACCCAGGCACUGCUACAAAUUACAGCGUGCUGGCUCUGUUACGGGACGAACUCAACCUCAAAAUGAGCCUCACGAUGUUGCAGGACUUGGACCUGAGGGAUGCCUAGGCGGCAUAUAGAGAUUGCAAACUGGAUAUGACCAAGCUGCAGGAUGCUCUGAAAGUUCGGGGGUAUCCGGAAAUCCCUGGCAUUGAAGAGGCACUUCGGAACCAUUACAAGAGAAUCAAGAGCUGUGGUAAGCGUUCAUGAAUGAAUAGAAGGGGAAGGGGAAGG